AUGCAGUGCCUAGCGGCUGCUCUUAAGGACGAAACCAACAUGAGUGGGGGAGGGGAGCAGGCCGACAUACUGCCGGCCAACUACGUGGUCAAGGAUCGCUGGAAGGUGCUGAAAAAGAUUGGAGGCGGGGGCUUUGGUGAGAUCUACGAGGCCAUGGACCUGCUGACCAGGGAGAAUGUGGCCCUCAAGGUGGAGUCAGCCCAGCAGCCCAAGCAGGUUCUCAAGAUGGAGGUAGCUGUGCUCAAAAAGCUGCAAGGGAAAAGCCACGUGUGCAGGUUCAUUGGCUGUGGCCGGAAUGAGAAGUUUAAUUACGUAGUGAUGCAGCUCCAGGGCCGGAACCUGGCCGACCUGCGCCGCAGCCAGCCUCGAGGCACCUUCACGCUGAGCACCACGCUGCGGCUGGGCAAGCAGAUCUUGGAGUCCAUUGAGGCCAUCCACUCCGUGGGCUUCCUGCAUCGGGACAUCAAGCCGUCAAACUUUGCCAUGGGCAGGCUGCCCUCCACCUACAGAAAGUGCUACAUGUUGGACUUUGGGCUGGCGCGGCAGUACACCAACACCACGGGGGACGUCCGGCCCCCCCGGAAUGUGGCCGGGUUUCGAGGGACUGUUCGUUAUGCCUCAGUCAAUGCCCACAAGAACCGGGAGAUGGGCCGCCAUGAUGACCUGUGGUCCCUUUUCUACAUGCUGGUGGAGUUUGCAGUGGGCCAGUUGCCCUGGAGGAAGAUCAAGGACAAGGAGCAGGUAGGGAUGAUCAAGGAGAAGUAUGAGCACCGAAUGCUGCUGAAGCACAUGCCCUCCGAGUUCCACCUCUUCCUGGACCACAUCGCCAGCCUCGACUACUUCACCAAGCCUGAUUACCAGUUGAUCAUGUCGGUGUUUGAGAAUAGCAUGAAGGAACGGGGCAUCGCUGAGAAUGAGGCCUUUGACUGGGAGAAGGCGGGCACCGAUGCCCUCCUGUCCACGAGCACCUCCACUCCACCCCAGCAGAACACCCGGCAGACGGCAGCCAUGUUUGGGGUGGUCAACGUGACGCCAGUGCCUGGGGACCUACUCCGGGAGAACACUGAGGACGUGCUGCAGGGCGAACACCUGAGCGACCAGGAGAACGCACCUCCAAUCUUGCCUGGCCGACCCUCUGAGGGGCUAGGUCCCAGCCCCCACCUGGCCCCCCACCCUGGGGGUCCUGAGGCUGAAGUCUGGGAGGAGACGGAUGUCAACCGGAACAAACUCCGGAUCAACAUCGGCAAAACCCCUUGUGUGGUGGAAGAGGAGCAGAGCCGAGGUGUGGGGGUCCCUAGCUCCCCGGUGCGUGCCCCUCCAGAUUCACCGACAACCCCAGUCCGUUCUCUUCGCUACCGGAGGGUCAACAGCCCUGAGUCUGAGAGGCUUUCCACAGCCGACGGGCGGGUGGAACUGCAUGAGAGAAGGUCACGGAUGGAUCUGCCCGGCUCUCCCUCGCGCCAGGCCUGCUCCUCGCAGCCGGCCCAGAUGCUGUCAGUGGACACAGGCCACCCCGACCGGCAGGCCAGCGGCCGCAUGGACGUGUCGGCCUCCGUGGAACAGGAGGCCCUCAGCAAUGCCUUCCGCUCUGUGCCACUGGCCGAGGAGGAGGACUUUGACAGCAAGGAGUGGGUCAUCAUUGACAAGGAGACGGAGCUCAAGGACUUCCCCCCGGGGGCCGAGCCCAGCACAUCGGGUACCACGGACGAGGAGCCUGAAGAGCUGCGGCCACUGCCUGAGGAGGGCGAGGAGCGGCGGCGGCCAGGGACCGAGCCAACCGUCAGGCCCCGGGGCCGAGGCGUGCACACUCUGGCUGAGGAGGACCCUCGGCAGACUCCAUUCCAGCCCCCACCACCCCAGCUGAGCCAGGUGGAAGGCCGGUCAGAGACGUCACAGCCUCCGACGCCCGGCAGCCCUUCCCACUCGCCACUGCACUCGGGACCCCGCCCUCGACGGAGAGAGUCGGAUCCCACGGGCCCGCAGAGACAGGUGUUCUCUGUGGCGCCCCCGUUUGAGGUCAAUGGUCUCCCGCGAGCUGUGCCUCUGAGCCUGCCCUACCAGGACUUCAAGAAAGAUCUCUCUGAUUACCGAGAACGGGCUCGGUUGCUCAACAGGGUCCGGAGGGUGGGCUUCUCCCACAUGCUGCUCACCACCCCCCAGGUACCACUGGCUCCUGUUCAGCCUCAAGCUAAUGGGAAGGACGAAGAGGAAGAAGAGGAGGAGGAAGAGGAGGAGGAGGAAGAGGAGGAGGAGGAGGAAGAGGAGGAGGAGGAGGAGGAAGAGGAGGAGGAAGAGGAGGAAGAGGAGGAGGAGGAAGAGGAGGAAGCAGUGGCUCUAGGGGAGGUGCUGAGGCCUCGCAGUGGCUCUAGCAGUGAGGGGAGUGAAAGGAGCACAGACCGGAGUCAGGAGGGUGCCCCAUCCACGCUGCUGGCUGACGACCAGAAGGAGUCCAGGGGCCGGGCCUCCAUGGCUGACGGGGACCUGGAGCCCGAGGAGGGCUCCAAAACGCUGGUGCUCGUCUCCCCUGGCGACAUGAAGAAGUCGCCCGUCACUGCCGACCUGGCCCCCGACCCUGACCUGGGCACUCUGGCUGCCCUCACUCCUCAGCAAGAGCGGCCCCAGCCCACUGGCAGCCAGCUGGAUGUGUCUGAGCCGGGCACCCUGUCCUCUGUCCUCAAGUCUGAGCCCAAGCCCCCUGGACCUGGGACGGGGCAGGGGGCCGGGGCAGUGACCACAGGGGCGGGAGGGGUGGCCGUCACCUCCUCACCCUUCACCAAAGUUGAGAGGACCUUUGUGCACAUUGCGGAGAAAACCCACCUCAACGUCAUGUCUUCCGGCGGACAAGCAUCCCGGCCUGAGGAGCUGGGCACUGGGGGUGAACUGGGCCUGGAGGCGCCCUCUGAUGGGAGGGCUGUGGAGGAGGGGGCCUCCCUGCCCCUAGAGAACGGCAUUGCCCAGUCAGGGCUGGAGAGCGGUGCUCUGGCUAGCGCUCCCAGGGACACCCCCCCGGAGGUGGCCACAGACUCACUGCCCAGUGGCCCAGCCCUUGCCAACGGGCCAACUCCAGUGUCCCCGCUGGAGCCAGGCCCCGAGAAACUGGCCACCAUCUCCCCCAGCCGCCACGCCAUGGCAGGCGCUCGCCCCAGGAGCCGGAUCCCCGUCCUGCUGUCUGAGGAGGACACAGGCUCGGAGCCCUCAGGCUCCCUGUCGGCCAAAGAGCGGUGGGGCAAGAGGGUCCGGCCACAGCAGGACCUGGCGCGUCUGGUGAUGGAGAAGAGGCAGGGCCGCCUGCUCUUGCGGCUGGCCUCCGGGGCCUCGUCCUCCUCCAGUGAGGAGCAGCGCCGGGCUUCAGAGACGCUCUCAGGCACUGGCUCCGAGGAGGACAUGCCUGCCUCGGAGCCUGCUGCCCCCAGGAAGGCUGGGCGGGCAGCCGCCACCCGGAGCCGGAUUCCCCGUCCCAUCAGCAUCCGCAUGCCCACGCCUGCCGCAGCCCAGCAGCCUUCUGCUGCCAGCAGACCCCAUGGCGCUGCCCCCGCCUCCGACACAGCCAUCACCAGCAGGCUCCAGUUGCAGAAGCCUCCAGGGUCGGCCGUCGCUGCUGAUCUCCGCCCCAAACAGCCCCCCGGCCGGGGCCCAGGGCCCGGGAGAGCCCCAGCCGGCACCAGGCCCCCUGCCCCGCGCAGUCCAGGCCCCUCCGCCUCUGCCGCGCCGCGCCACCCCAGCGCGUCCCCCCGGAGCCAGUCCCUGUCCCGCAAGGAGAGCUCCUCCCCCUCGCACCAGGCCCGGCCCACCGGGCCCCCGCCUCGGGGCGCCCCGCAGGCCCGGGCCCAGCCUGAUGGCACCCCCUCCCCGGGGGGGCCCAAGAAAGGACCCAGAGGGAAACUCCAGACUCAGCGCGCAGCAACCAAAGGCCGGGCGGGGGUCGCGGAGGGCCGGGCCGGGGCCAGAUAA